CGCGCCGCGGAGUGCUGCUGGAGUGGGAACCCGGGUGUCUACCCGCAGCGUUCGCGCGAUGCCCACGUGGAGCCUGCGGCGGAGGCCGGGCCGCACACUCGGACUCCUGCUGCUGCUGACCGUGAGCUUCCUGGUGCUCCGCAGGUUGAAGUGGAGUACUCUGCUUCCUCUAUGGCUCCAGCCUCAGCGCCUGGGACUUCGAACAAAAGGCUCAGACUUCGUGCUGGAGGACUCCACCUUUCAGAUAUUUGGGGGAUCCAUACACUAUUUCCGUGUGCCCAAGGAAUACUGGAGGGACCGCCUGCUCAAAAUGAAAGCCUGUGGCUUGAAUACCCUUACCACCUAUGUGCCCUGGAACCUCCAUGAGCCAGAAAGAGGCAAAUUCGACUUCUCUGGGAACCUGGACCUGGAGGCCUUUAUCCAGCUGGCUGCCAAGAUUGGGCUGUAUGUGAUUCUGCGACCAGGGCCCUACAUCUGUAGUGAGAUUGACCUCGGGGGCUUGCCCAGCUGGCUCCUCCAAGACCCUGACAUGAAGCUGAGAACAACUUACCAUGGCUUCACUAAGGCAGUGGACCUUUACUUUGACCACCUGAUGUCCAGGGUGGUGCCACUCCAGUAUAAGUACGGGGGACCCAUCAUUGCUGUGCAAGUGGAGAAUGAGUAUGGUUCCUACAACAAAGACCGCGCAUACAUGCCUUACAUCAAGAAGGCCUUGGAAGACCGUGGCAUUAUAGAGAUGCUCCUGACCUCAGACAACAAAGAUGGCCUGCAAAAGGGAGUGGUGGAUGGAGUGCUGGCCACCAUCAACUUACAGUCACAACAGGAGCUGAAGGAACUAAACAGUGCUCUCAUAUCUAUCCAGGGGAUUCAACCGAAGAUGGUGAUGGAGUACUGGACAGGGUGGUUUGACUCAUGGGGUGGCCCCCACAAUAUCUUGGAUUCCUCUGAGGUCUUGCAAACAGUGUCUGCUAUCACCAAAGCCGGCUCCUCCAUCAACUUGUACAUGUUCCACGGAGGCACAAAUUUUGGCUUCAUAAACGGAGCUAUGCAUUUUAAUGACUACAAGGCUGAUGUCACCAGCUAUGACUAUGAUGCCAUACUGACAGAGGCUGGAGAUUAUACUGCCAAAUACACCAAGCUUCGACAGCUCUUUGGAACCAUCUCAGGUAUCCCUCCACCUCCUCCACCCGAGCUCAUUCUUAAGAUGACCUAUGAGCCAAUGAGGCCAUCUUUCUACCUCUCACUGUGGGAUGCUAUCCUGCUGAUGGAUGAACCAUUCAAGUCUGAGAUUCCUGUCAACAUGGAGAACCUGCCAGUAAACAAUGGAAACGGGCAGGCCUUUGGGUACGUUCUGUAUGAGACCACCAUCUUUUCAUCUGGCGUCCUCAGUGGCCUUGUGCGUGACAGGGGACAGGUCUUUUUGAACAGAGUAUCCAUAGGAUUCUUGGACUAUAAAACAACGAAGAUUACUAUCCCCUUGACCCAGGGUUACACCAUGCUGAGGAUCUUGGUGGAAAAUCGUGGGCGAGUCAACUACGGGAAUAAUAUUGACACUCAGCGCAAAGGUUUAAUUGGAAAUCUCUAUCUGAAUAAUAAUCCUCUGAAAAACUUCAGAAUCUACAGCCUGGAUAUGACAAAGAAGUUCUUUCAGAGGUUCAUCGCGGACAAGUGGAGUCUGAUUCCCAAAGAACCCACCUUUCCUGCUUUCUUCCUGGGUGCCUUGUCAGUUGGCAUUUACCCCUCUGACACAUUUCUGAAGCUAGAGGGCUGGGUGAAGGGGGUUGUAUUCGUCAACGAUAAAAACCUUGGACGCUACUGGAACAUAGGACCUCAAGAGACUCUCUACCUCCCAGGUGUCUGGCUGGACAAAGGACUCAACAAGGUGGGAAUGGUUCAAGGCUCCAUCCCUUUUCCUUGGAACUCUCUUCCCAUCCCUGUUCUCCCUGCUAGCAAGUUGCUUCUCUACCCCUGAAAUGCUUGGCCAGGGAGUAGGAGAGGGUGGGUGUUGCAGCCAGCCUCUUCUUCCCCUUUCCUUGGUGAUGGAGGAUGCACUCACCCCUCACUGCCUCCUUCCACCCUCCUUCCCACAUCCUUCCUUCCUUCCUUCCAGUCCUGCUGUCUCAUAGUGCUCUCAUCUGUCUACAGGGUAGACCUCACAGCCCAGCCCUUGUUUCCCACAGGUCAUCAUUUUCGAGGAGACAAUGGCAGGCUCCGUGGUACAGUCUACUGAUACCCCGUACCUGGGCAGGAACCAGUAUGUUAACUGAGCAGCAGUCCCAGCCUUCCUGCUGUGGCUGGCAGCUUCCUUGCCUCCUCCCCUGCAGGACAGCCUUCAUAACUAGCAACCUCCGGGAGCGAAGGACUAUCGUCAACUCAGUCCAAAAUCCUAAACCUGAGGGGACUGAAGAGAAGAUGGGGUAGUGCUGUCUGGGAUACCCUCAAAAUGAGAUGGCUUCUCUCCUGGUUUUGUGGUUGGGUCCCUUUCUGCUCCCCUGAUCUUUCAGGGGAGGCCAUAGAGCUGUCUCCGAGGAUGGAGUAUGUAGUUGUAGCACCUUCAAAGAAGGUGCUGAAGCUGGGUGGGUACUGCCCUCUUCUGGAAGCGAAAGCCUCACCAGGCCAGCCUGCAGGAUACAGGUAGGCUUACUGAACAUUCCUGGCAAGGCGUGGCCACAUCCCAGAGAGCUGCUUUGUGCUGCUGACUUUGUGGCUUUGCCACUGUUUGUAGAGCAAAGGGGAAGCCUGUCUUACUUGAGUCAACUUGAUUUUAUUUUCAGACUUUCCUCCAGCUAGUUCUGGGGUUCUGGAAGAGACAUCCAUCUUUCCCUUUUCAUUCUGUCCCAUGACAUUUAAUCAGUGGAUAAGCUGAGCUUAGGAGAAAUAGACAUGUUCAGUACUGAUCAUCCUAAGAGAGCAUUUGCUAUUGUCCUGAGUGAGGAGGAGCAUCCUCAGGGAGGAACAGCCUCACCAGGUGAGGAGCUGGGGAUUUUAGCAGAAGCCACCUCAUAUCCAUGCUCUCUGGAAGGGAGUGGCAGAAGGCUCAGCUGAGUGGCACUGGGCAGCUGCCCCCGGCCCCACAGAAGAAUUUGGGGUUAGCUAUAAGGCCACAGGUCUAGCAUAGGCCUCGUCUCCAGCUCAGCUGAUUCUUUGAGCACUCUCCUUCCCCUUCCUGACAGCAGGGAGGAGGGAAGGCAGCCCGCCCUCUGUCAUGUCAGCUCAGUCCAGAUGGAAGGCUCUUGUUCUAGGGAUCAGGUGCAAUGGCUUGGUUUGGGUUUGCCACCCUAAACUGCAAUAAAUCAAGAGAUUUGAAGCAAAUCUUCUCUGUGGAUGUCUCCAGCUUGUUUGUGCCACUCUAAGCCAUAGGAGAAGGUGACCCAUAAGGAUCCAGACACUGAUGGUACCCAGCUGGUAGAUGGCACAUGCCCCUGACUUCUUACCACUGACUUUCCUGACUACAAUUUUCCUUGAAAUGUCAUUGCAUUAAGAGCAGUCCAUUCUCAUGCUGGUGGCCUAAGAACAUUCUAGAAAGCCAAAACCACACUAUAUAAGUUAGCUAUAGGAGAUAGUCUUUCUUCAUAAAUUAUAUCUGAUAAUGUACUUCUCCAAGCUGGUUACUUUCAAUAAUAGUGAAAAUCCAAUAAAUCCAACCACACACAUCUAUGAGCACGGUGUCCAUAGAGAAGCCCAGUGAAGAUGGCUAACGGGAGGUUCACAGGCUGGCAGGCUGGCUCCCUGGGUGUGGCAGAGCAUAGGGUUUGUGCUGAAGUCAAGACGUGAGGCCUGGUGUGCAGCCAGUGAGCUAAGAGCCCAUUGACUUACUUGUGGGUGGUCGUGGGGGCACGGCCCAUGUCCCACUGGGUCUGAGAAACUGAGUCUUUUUCUCUUUCCCACUCUCUCUCUUUUUUAGGUGGGGUCAUGUUAUGUAGCCCAGGCUGGCCUUGAACUUUCAGUUCUCCUGCCUUAGCUUCCCAAGCACUCUGAGAUCAUAGAGUUGCUUCCUGUGCCCAACUCACAGGAAGCUUUAUUUUUAAAGCCCUUUAUUUGUUUUAAAGUUUUAAAAUAAAAUUAUGUGAUAAUUAUUUGGUGUGUGUGUGUGUAUAUGUGUGUGUGUGUGUGUGUGUGUGUGUAUUAGGUGUGUGUGCCACACAGUACGAAUGGUCGGAGGGUAACCUCCUUGUGGGUCCUGGGGAACAAACUCAGAUUGUCAGGGUUGCGGGCGAGUAUCUUUACCCACUGAGCCAUCUUGCUGGCCCGUCAAAGGAGGCUUUUUAAAGUGCAGGUUGCGGACGGUGCCUGAAGAGCAAGACUGACCAAGCCCCAAUUUUACCCACCCUCGCCAGUUCUUUCUGUGAUGUCUGGGGACAUCACGCAUCCAGCUAGGAUGCAGACGAGUCCAGGGCUGCUCGAGGAGAGCCAGCGCCAGAGAGCCGUGUCACAGUGUCACUUUGUCUUACAUUACGUAAGAGCAGGCUUCUACAAAGCUGUGUUAAGCAGGGCUGUGUGACAGGCAAUCCGAAUAGAAAGGAAUCUUCCGUAGCAUCCUUCUGUAAGGGAGUGAAGAAUUCUGAGUUACAGUUUUAUGCAUACACGAUCAGGUAUGUAUUGGACUUGUCAAGAUAAGGUCUUUCUUUUUUUUUCUUUUUCGAGACAGGGUUUCUCUGUGUAGCUUUGCACCUUUCCUGGAACUCGCUUUGGAGACCAGGCUGGCCUUGAACUCACAGAGAUCCGCCUGCCUCUGCCUCCCGAGUGCUGGGAUUAAAGACGUGCACCACCACCGCCCGGCUAAGAUAAGGUCUUUCUGUAGCAACCCUCUUCUCUACUUCCCCAGCAUAUGUCGGCUGACCUUAGUUCUCCAGAGUUGACUAGUUUAUCCAGAUCCUGUGUACCAUGUACCCCCAUCUCCAUCCCUCCAGAGUACCUCUCCUUUACCAGCAUCCAAGCGCCCUGAGACUCUGCUCACUCAUCCUUUCUUGUGUCUACUCACUGUGUGGGGGCACACCUGUGGGAUCUUGACACCAACACUCCCCAGUGUCCAGUGUCUGUUCCCAUCCUCACUGUGGGUACACAGACAGAUGACCCUCACUAGCUGUUGCAUGUGCACGAUGAGGUCAGAAGCAGAACUCCACUUUCCCUCAGGUGACCUCUCCUGCACUUGUCCUGUAUCAACAGUCUGGGCUCCUGUCUUUUCAUUGCACACCCAACCCUUUGUGAGCAUGCUCGGAGUGCGGCCACUUCUCUGCUCCAGAGCUUGCGCUCUCAUCCCAUCCACCGUCAUCCUGUACCUGGUUUAUUGCAGGGGCUGCCUCCCCAGUCCCCUGCCUUGGCCCAUUGUCCUCAGCACAGGAAGCAGAGUCAGUUCCCUCAGUGGCUCCUAUUUUCACUUGGAGUAGAAACCAGAAGCUUUAGCCUGGUUUCAGAGGCCAACUGAUUCUCGGCUUUCCUUCUGACUUGCCAACCACAUCUCCCAUGCCACCCCACACCCCUCCCUGGCCCAGUCAGUGGCAUUCACAUUACUCUUGCCCCAGUCAUGAGCUAUAGGCAUGAGAAGAACUCUGCAUGCAGUUGGGGACAUUUCUUUCUUAUCAGGAUUGUCUGCGUCAGCUGCAUGCUGGCAUGCUGCUGUUCUGUUCAAGGUCCCCGAAUGAGGGAGACCUUUCUUUCCAUGCUUUAUGGAACUUCAGCCCAUCCCACUGCUACCCCCCCACCUUCCCCAGAAACUCUGCUCUUCUUCCAGCACCUCACACCUGAAAUGCUACAGGAGUGCCAUUGUCUGUCUCCUGAGUUUGGUGGGUCAGCCCCAUGAAGACUGCUGUGUGCUGGCUCCUAGAAGAAUGUCUAUUCAUAGCAGGCAUCUGGCAAAUAUUUGUUGGAUGGUUAAAUUAAUAAACGAGACUAAAAUAAGGCAAGGCUGAAGAGGAUUACAACUGUUAAAAACCAUAUUUGACUUUUAAUUUUGAAAACAAAUUAAAUAGAGUUAAAUUAAAACAGCCCAGAUGGUGCAGCAGCUUGGGCUCCACCCUCACAGCAGCCUCUGCCCGUGGAGCUCCUAAACCCCUGGCUUGACUCCUCUGUGGUGGGGCUUUCCAGCGAGGGAGCAGGGAACAGCCUGGGUUUGGAGAACAAGUUGUCAACAUGGACCCAGUUCUGAUCUGUCACACAUUCAUUCUCAACGAAGGUGGAGGCUGCAGUCCACCAGGGUCGUAAUUAUAAAUAAAUACACAUGCAGCUAAGAGAGGAUAUUAGAUGAAAAGAACUGAGCUAGCAUCUGCCCAAAAAUAAUAAUAAUAAGAUUCCCAUUUUGUUUUUCCUUUUCAGUUUCCUAAAAAGGAGCGCUGGGUUUUGGCUAAGAAGGCAGCCUCAGCAGCUGGUUUGACCUUGGCAUUCACUGUCAGUUUCUAUGAAUGAGCAGUGGAGUGCCCAGACAUAAAAUAAAUCCACUCAUCGGAUAGAUGCCCUGUGCCCAUUUCCUCCCUCUCCCAUGCCGCCCAUUUGAUGCCAAGGGGUCAAUUUCCAAAGCAACAUCCCAAGUGUCAAUGGUUGGGGGGAAUAUCCUGCAAGGUGGCUGUGGGAUCUAAUCCCAUCAGAUGGUUUCCUGAAGGCUGUGGGAAGUAAAAUUCAUUUCAAAAUAGGCAGCCGAUGCUAUUCUCUGAAUGUUAGAUGUGUGGACUGAGUCCUACCCACCCAAGAGUGGGUUCUGAAAGACUCUCGGGCCUGUCCUAUGAGUUUUAAUGGAGGGGGAGAGCUGUUAGCGGUUAAAAAAUAAACACCUCUUCAGUGGGCUUGUGCCCUUUCCUUUUCCCCACUUGGGAGGAACAUUGUGCUUCCAACUUGUAGGAGCUGGAGUGAGAUGACCACCAGAGGGUGCCAGCCAGCCAGAGCCAGGGGCCUCUCAGAUGCUGGGCACCCAGGCAGCUGUGUCUCUUGGAUGGGGGGUGGGGGGCAACAGCCUGGGCAUACUGUUUUCUCUGGGGUGGAGAAGGGGAGUGGGCAUGAGGCAGGCUGGCUUGGCAAGCUUUCCCACUUUGUGUACGAUAAAGUAAUUUCCAAAGCAGUGAGUGUGUGCUCGUCUCCUUUCCUUUCAGUGUUCAAACAUUUCCCGCUCUUGUCUCGAGUCCCCUGCUCAUGCACCCCUCACAGGAAUCAGUGCAGGGAAGGGCUGUGGUUGGUGGGCCUCACUUUCUCAGGAAGAGCUCUGCUUAAGAAGACUGUUAGCUCCAGUCCUGAGGUCUGUGAUUCUCAGGUUCUGGAAAGAGGGCAUUUGGCCUCCCCAGUCCAAGCCAGGCAAGGGGCAUUGCAGCCCAGGGGUAUUGGAGAGGCAGUGUGGACAUUGGGGUGAUGUGGUUCUUAAUCCAGGUCAGUCGGUGACCUGUGCUGGCUCUAGGCCCACCACCUUGCCAAUUCUGGCACAGGAGGCUUGAGGGACAUGGGAAGGGGCUUUGUUCUCCCACAGCCUGAGGUACAGGGGGAGCUGUAGGUAGGCCCAGGCUCCCCCGGUGCAGGGCUGGGUGCCAGGUGGGAUCCAAGACAGCCUUAUGCCCUGUAAACAUGAACCAGAGGACAGCCAGAGGUAUUUCUGAUUUGGGAGCAGCUCUGAGGAAGAGCAGGUGUGAAUGAGGAGUGCUGGGGCACCUUCAUGCCCCGGUCUGCUCUCUGGUCUUCACAAUGUCCUGGCUGGGCACAUGCUGUGUAGUCAUGCCGGGCCCAAGAACAGGGUGCCGUGGAGAGCCAUGCUGCACUCGACAGUGGGGUUUUCUGACCUCCCUCAGCUCCAGCAUCACUCCGAGGCAGGGUCACCUGCUUACACAGCCCCAUCAAUGCAGGGAGCUUCCAAGGAGGUGUGCUGAGCACGGGCUUUGCUGGCCGCUGGAACCCCCAGCCCUCGGGUCUCUUAAGCCUUUGGCCAUGUUGAUGGAGAGAACAGGUCUGGAAUUCUGUGCUUAAAUUCUCUGUUUUUUUUUUUUUUUUUUUUUUUUUUUUUUUUAUCCUGGCAUCUAGCUGAGCUUUCUUGGAAGCCCUCAGAAUAGACAGGAGGUGAUGCUGCUCCUCAGGAGUCUGCCUCAGUGUGACUAUCAGCCAUGGGAGAGGAUGGAAGGCCAAGAU